AUGUGUGUCCUUGUGUCAUAUAACAUACAGUGUCGUUGACCUAAAUAAUCCGAAAUAAUUAUCGUUUUUUUAGCAUACUUUCAAAUACGUCAAUGAGUUCAAUUAUAAUCUAGGUCUAUAAAUUUAAAAUCGGUUAACAUGGCUACGUUCUCUAGGCUUCAUAAAAUUGCGUUGAUAGGUUUAGGUGCAGUUGGUGGAGGUCUCGCUUACUAUCAUAUCGGUAAAAAUGAGAAGAAGUUCGAUGUUCAGAACUCAUGGACUACGAACUAUACCCCCAGUGUCAAGUGGGAAAAGAAUUGGGACCAUCGUGAACCUGAAUCCAUAGUAAAACCAGCAAAAUCAAACAAGCCAGAAGACGAAAACAGAUUUAAUGAACAAGUGGAAAAGGCGAAGAGCAAAGCUGUCAGGCAUUUAUUUCUAAUAAGACACGGACAAUACCAUGUUGAUGGCACUACUGAUUGCGAACGGACUUUAACUGAGUUAGGCAGGCAGCAAGCAGACAUAACUGGCAAGAGGCUAGCAGAGUUAGACAUAAAAUGGGACUUAUUAGUCAGAUCAACAAUGACUCGAGCCCAGGAAACAGCUAAAAUCAUAGCAAAGCAUUUACCAAAAGACAUUGAGAUUAAAGACUGUCAAUUGUUAGAGGAAGGUGCUCCAAUUCCUCCAGAACCGCCUGUAGGACAUUGGAGACCAGAGCCUAGACAGUUCUUCCAGGAUAGCGCGAGGAUAGAGGCGGCGUUCAGGCGCUACUUCUACAGAGCGCCGCCGGAUCAGACUCACGACACGUACACGUUGCUCGUGUGUCACGCUAACGUGAUACGCUUCUUUGUGUGCAAAGCGCUCCAAUUCCCGCCAGAAGCUUGGCUCCGGAUAUCACUAAACCACGCGUCGAUAACAUGGCUGUCGAUAUUACCGAACGGUAACGUAGUGCUGCGCUCGCUCAGCGAUACCGGUCACAUGGAGCCGAAGUACAUCACUAGCCGGUAAACUUCCGGUGCUAUUUAGCUAGUUGUAUUGUGGUUUUUGAUUAAGUAGGUAGUCCUUUUGAGAAUGAGACAAAAUUAAAAAAAAAUAUAGCCUCUCGGUGAACAUUUGUCGACCACAGUUGAGCAAUAUUGUUGAUGGUGAGGGGGAAUGUUGCAGGAGUCUUUAUUCAAAGGUUAUACGCAGUAUUGCUAGCAACUCCGCAACACCUUGUUUCAACUUUGUUGCUAAGCGAUCACCAUAGAUAGAGGGCGUAAGGUUUUGGUUUGUCUCUAUGAGAAUUAGAUGAAUUGAACAUAUGGUAUGCGAUCCAUAUAUAUAGCUUUGAUCGAUAUUAUUAUAUAUCAAAUUGGUUUAAAGCCUGCAACAUGAAUAUGCUUUUAAUUGAAUCUGAUAUAUUUAUUAUAUUUAACCGCUGAUUCUGAAAUGACAGAUUAAUGAUAAUAAAUAAAUCCUGAUUAAAAACCGUUAACAUUUAAAUUUGUAACUUGUGUUACCCACGAAACAAAGACUUACACUACCAGUCUCCUUAUAAAAAAUGUAAUGUUGCGGUAAAAAAUAUAUUUAAAAAAUCCAGCUUACAAUAAUCAUAUAGUUGAGAGGUGUAUUGUUAAAGAAAAUUCCUAAGAAAAAGUGAAAUAAUCAACAAAGCAAUAUUAGCAGUACUAGUGUAACCAGUUCCUUGAAUUAAAGAAAGUUCUUAAAAUCCAUAUCACAUAGAUUUAUUGUCAAUAGAAUUACCUCAUGUAUUAAAUGACAAUACUAAAUGCCAUUUUUAAACACUUACAUAGUGUACUUAGUGCUAGCUCUAUUUAAAUAAUAGUAAUAGGUAAUAAUCAUAAUAAAUUUCAACAGGAAUUAUGAACCUAUAAGAGACUUGUUUGUAAAGGAAAAAAGCAAUUAAACGGAAUACAAGUGAUGUUUUGUACCUUUUUAAAAAAAGAGCAACAUACAUAGGUUACAAAUAAUAUUUAUUCAUUGUAAGUAUGUAGCUAUAUUAAUUUUUAAUGGUAUAGCGACACACACGCCACAAGAUGGCGCGAAAAAUAGAUGGAACUGCUUUUUCUUGUAGCUUUUUUUAAAUAACUUACUUUUUCAUAAAAGAAAAUAGGUACAAUAAAAUAAAUGAUUAAUUAUCUUUUUUUUUUAUUCUAUCAUAAUGCUAAAUAUACAUUUGAAAUAUUAACAAUGACAUGUUUAAUAUCAUAUCAGUUAUGUAUCCUUAUGCAAAGUAAAAAUUAUUAAAUCAAAUUUCAUUUAUAAAGACUUCAAUUCUUAUGAAAUAGUUUGAUAUUGAACUACUAUCACUGCCAAUUGUAGUUUUCAUAUUAUGCAUUGUGUCUUAUAUAGAUAUGUCUGUUAGAUUUUGAUCGUGCUAAUCUCAAUGAAUCUGGAAUGUACCAUGGGCAAAGCCAUAAUGAAACAAUAAUUAUUAUUUUAAAUGACUUAGAUUUGUAUUUUAUAGUUUUUAAAAGUAAACUCAUUUGUUAACUAUAAUGCUGUAAUGUUUUGACAAGUGACGUUUGAGAAUUACUAUGACACCUCAAUGAAGGAAAAAGACAACUAAUAGGUUCUAGCGCCAUCGCUUUCCCACACUGGAAUAAGUACUACUUUAAGGCGUCACGGUAACCAUCUUGUCCAGUAUAGUCUUAUUUUCAAAAUUUGUUGCAAUGAACCAAGUAACGUUAUCUUUUACCAGAAUACCUCAAACUAAACUGUAAUAUUGUAAUGUAAUUAGAAGAAUAUGUAUUUCAUGAAUGUAUAUAAGUGUAAAUACAGUUUUCGAUAACGUAUUAAAAUUGUGAAAGAUU